GCCAUAGCAAUUGAAGAACGCCAUCAUUGUUGUUGUGCUUGAAAAUUAGUCGUCAUCUCAUUUCCUUCGUUUGAGCUGCUUUUGGGAUUUUGAACACCAAUAUCCACUUGUUGUUGCGUUGAGGAGUUACCUGAGGUGGAGAAUCACCCUCCAUCAUGACGGAUGCCGGCUUUUUUAGGGGUACUUCCGCUGAACAGGACAACCGGUUCAGUGACAAAGAGAAGAAACUCUUAAAACAAAUGAAAUUCAAUGAGCACCUGAGCAAAAGGGUGGAUAUGGCCAAGGUUAAAAUUGAUGUUCUAAAACCUUGGAUAACACAGCGCAUUACAGAACUUCUUGGCAUGGAUGAUGACGUUGUUGUUGAAUUUGUCUUCAAUCAAUUAGAGGAUGACAAGAAUCCAGAUCCAAAGAAAAUGCAAAUAUUGCUGACAGGAUUUUUAAAUGGCAAGAACGCUAGAAUUUUCAUGUCUGAGCUGUGGGAGUUGCUGCUCUCAGCGCAGGAAAGUUUAAGUGGUAUUCCAGAGAAAUUCUUGGAACUGAAAAAAGAAGAGUUGAAGAAAAAAGUGGAGGAACAGGAAAAAAUGCAUGAGACAAUUAAAAAGCAAAUGGCGGAAAAAGAGAUACAGAGGGGCGAGGAGGGACGAAAGGAGAGGAAGCUUGAAUCGAGCCACGACAGGAAGGGGAGGUCAAGGAGUCGUUCAAAGGGUCGUUCAAGAGCGAAGUCCAGAAGUAGGUCAAGGGGCAGAGACCGAAAGAAGUCUAGGAGCCGCUCUCGAGGUCGUAAGGACAGAGGAAGGUCCAGGAGUCGGUCCAGGGGCAGAGACAAGGACAAAGAAAAGGCAAAGUCGAGGAGCCGCUCUCGCGGAAAGGAAAAGGCUGUUAAGUCUCGAAGUGCUUCCAAGGAUCGCUCUAGGAGCAAAUCUAAGGAAAAGGAAAAUGCCAAGGAGUCGGAAUCUCCUAAAGUUAAAAAGGAGGCUGAGGAGGACCCGGCUGCCGAAAGACGUGACGAGGGCAAAGAAGGCAAGAGUGCCAGUCCUGAAGCUAAGAAGGAUGACGAUCUUGACAUUCACAAGACGGAGGAUAGUGUGCAGAAGAAACGUCACUACCGACGUACCAGAGACUCUAGUUCAGACUCUGAUCAGCCUGCUCAGAGAAAGAAAUCCCGAUCUCGAACCCCAGAACGCCGAGAGCGGGAACGGAAUCGUCCUCGCCGGUAUGAUGAUCCUCGACCACGGGACAGAGACCGUGAUCGCGACAGAGACCGCGAUCGUGGCAGAUUUGAUAACAGGAGGAGGCGAAGCCCUCCGCGCAUGGCGCGUUACUCCCGGAUGUCACCAAGCCCAAGAAUCAGGGACCGUGAUCGUCACCGUGAUAUUCGGAGGCAAAGAGAGACAAGGUUUGUUAGACGUGAUGCUUCUCGCGAGCGUGAUAGGUCUAGAGAAAGAGAGAGAUCUCGCGAUAGAGAUAGAUCCAGGGAAAGAGACAGAUCCAGAGAGAGGGAAAGAUCUCGGGAGAAGGACAGAUCCAGAGAGAGGAGAUCCAAAAAGAGUGUGUCUCAGAGUCCUCCACCAGGGGUGUCAAACAAAGCAGAUGACACAGUCUACUCGUCUAAGAGCCCAGUUCCUGAACAGAAUGGCAAAAAUAAGAGGCGCUCGGAGUCAUCAGAUCGCGAUAGUCGUUCCGCCUCCGAGGAAAAGAGCAGCACGGCUAAAGACAGAGAUGCCUCCUCAAGCCCUCCACGCAAGGAGAGAAAGAGGAGUCUUACCGCUUCACCAAAAAAGAGUGCCAGCAAAUCGCCAUCGCCUGCCCGCAAGAGGAGGCGCAGUUCUAGUGAGAGCCCCGAAAAGUCACCAUCUCCACCUAAAAAGUCUAAAAAUGAUAAGAAAAAAGUUGAAAGCUCCGAUUCGGAAUCGGAUGACCACAGUGGCUCAGAAGAAGAUAAGAAGCGCAAGAAGAAAUCUUUCUCUGGGAGCGACUCUGAUGCUGUAGAAAAAAAGAAAAAGAAGCACAAGAAGGAGAAGAAGCAAAAAAAGAGCAAGAAAAGCAAAAGGGAGAAGAAAAAGGAGAAGUAAUUUGCGUGUCCAGGCAACAAACGCGGAUGAGUUGGAGAAGCAGUUGAGAGAAAGGGCGCUCAAAUCAAUGAAGAAAUGACACGAUGACAUCUAAAGGUACUAGAGAUGUAACACAAUCGUUAAAUAGUUCAAGGGAGACAACAUUUUCCUCAUUCAAAUGCAAUUUGUGUGUUCUGAGUAAAUUUAUCACAGAGUUUUUGUCUCUACGUUUGAUUUAAUAAAAGAAAAGAGUCUGUAAAACAAGCCA